AUGCUCGACCUCGAUGGAGCGAUCUCGAUUCUCCUGCGGAAGAAGCUGCUGGGCGAGGCGCUGCUCAAGGAGAUCUGCGAGAAGACAAAGGAGCUCCUCAUGAGGGAGAGCAACGUCGUGCAUAUCCAGGCGCCUGUCACGGUCGUCGGGGACAUCCAUGGCCAAUUCUACGACCUAAUCGAGAUCUUCCGGAUAGGCGGCUACUCCCCACACACCAACUACCUCUUCCUCGGCGACUACGUCGACCGCGGCCUCUUCAGCGUCGAGACCAUCUCGCUCCUUACCUGCCUCAAGCUGCGGUAUCCCGACCGUGUGCAGCUGAUUCGGGGGAACCAUGAGAGUCGGGCGGUGACGCAGACCUACGGCUUCUACUCGGAAUGCGUGCGGAAGUAUGGAAGCCCGGCGGUGUGGCAGUACUUCACCGACAUGUUUGACUUCCUCACUCUCUCGGUGGUCAUUGACGACCGGAUAUUCUGCGUGCAUGGAGGUCUCUCGCCGUCGGUACAUACGCUCGACCAGAUCAAGAUCAUCGACCGGUUCCGAGAAAUCCCUCAUGAGGGCCCGAUGGCGGACCUCGUCUGGUCCGAUCCUGAUCCGGACAAGGAAGAGUUCUCUAUCUCACCACGAGGCGCCGGCUACACCUUCGGCUCACAAGUCGUCAAGAAGUUCCUCGACAGCAACAACAUGGUGCACAUCCUCCGCGCGCACCAGCUCUGCAUGGAAGGCUUUUCGGUCCUGUACGACGACAAGCUCUCGACCGUCUGGUCGGCGCCUAACUACUGCUAUCGAUGCGGCAACAUGGCGAGUAUCCUCGAGGUUGGGCCGAAUGGCGAGAAGCACUUCAAUGUGUUUGAUGCGGCGCCAGAGAAUGAGCGCGAUGGACCGCAGCAGCAGCAGCAGCCUCAACAGGGGCAGGGUCCCUCGAGCAUCGAGUACUUCCUGUAG